AUGUCUCCCUCAACAGUGCUUUCGCUCGGUUCUGCCGUUCUCGCCGUCUUCCUUUUCUGGACAUUGUCCUCGACCACCUCAUCACCAUUCGCCGGAGCAUUCCCUCGUCUCUACAAUAAACGCAUAUGCCUAUUGAUCGCCCACCCAGACGAUGAAGCCAUGUUCUUCGCGCCCACAGUAUUGGCCUUGACAAAGCCAGAAUACGGGAAUCACCUGAAGAUCCUCUGUCUCAGCAGUGGCGACGCCGACGGCCUUGGCCAUAUCCGCAAAAAGGAACUCGUGAAAAGCGGAAUGCAACUGGGCCUCCGAAACGAAUCAGACGUGUACAUAAUCGACGACCCCACCCGGUUCCCAGACAGCAUGUCAGCCCACUGGUCAGAAAGUGACGUAUCAGCUGUCCUCGAGACCGCCUUCAUGCCCGAAUCAAACGACAGCUCCAUGAAGAAAACCAACAAAGCUGCCGGCGGCAGCGCAGCACCCACAGCGACCAUCGACGUGCUCCUAACCUUCGACAAAGGCGGAAUAAGCAACCACCCCAACCAUCGAUCCCUAUACCACGGUGCCGUGCACUUCCUGCGGAACAUGAUGAAGGAUAAGCCCGGGUAUACCUGUCCCGUCACAUUAUACACGCUUACCACGACGAAUCUUCUACGCAAAUAUGCCGGGGUUCUGGAUGCGCCUGAUCUUCCGUCUAGGCUUUUGUUCGUCAGUUCCGUGAAUGAAUGGAUGACGGCGCAGUCGGCUAUGGUGAAGGCUCACCAAAGUCAGAUGGUGUGGUUUCGAUGGGGUUGGAUUACACUUGGUCGGUAUAUGGCUGUUAAUGAUCUGAAGGCGGAGAAGAUAUGA